CUCCUUUUUGCAACCUAAACUUCUGCCCCUCCAUCGUGAUCACCGAGGCCACCACUCACCAUUCUGUUCCCCUUUCCCUCCAACCCUCGCAUCACGGCACAUAGAUUCGGUACCUGCUCUUCACCAUGGACCGACAGUCGGUCUUCACAAGUCGCCUCUACGGGACACCGGCCGAAACCGAAGAGUCCAACACGCAAAUCCGUAGCCUCCUCGAGUCCUUCAUCCUCGACUUCCGACUCGACAACGUCUUCGUAUACAGAGAUCAACUCCGUGAGAAUGCGCUCCUCAAAAAAUACUACUGCGACGUCAAUAUUGGCGAUUUGAUCAAGUUCAACGAAGAAAUCGCCCACAGAUUGGUUACGGAACCGGCAGAGAUCAUCCCACUAUUCGAAGCAGCGUUGAAGCGGUGCACACACAGAAUCGUCUAUCCUCACGAGCCCAAUGUCAAACUCCCCGACCACCAGCUGUUGCUGCACUCCAACGCCGAAGAUGUGUCGAUUCGCAACCUGGAUUCGCUCACCAUUUCGAGGCUUGUUAGGGUGCCAGGCAUUGUCAUCGGCGCCUCGGUCAUGUCGUCCAAAGCGACAGAGCUUCAUAUCCAAUGCCGCACCUGCGAUCACACGCAAGACAUCCCGGUUCUCGGAGGAUUUAGUAGCGUGUCACUCCCAAGGCAGUGUGGCAGGUACAGGGCGCCCGGCGAUCCCACCGAAAAGUGCCCUCUCGACCCCUAUUUCGUCGUACACGAGAAAUCGAAAUUUGUCGACCAACAGAUCAUCAAGCUCCAGGAGGCCCCCGACCAGGUGCCCGUCGGAGAGUUGCCGCGCCAUGUCCUCGUCUCUGCUGACCGCUACCUCACGAACCGGGUGGUACCUGGGUCGAGGUGCGUUAUCAUGGGCAUCUUCUCUAUCUAUCAGAGCAAGGGUUCCAAGAACUCGGGCGGUGCCGUCGCCAUCCGGACACCGUACCUGCGUGCGACCGGCAUCCAGACCGAUAUCGACCAGACCGCCAAGGGGCAGGCCGUGUUUUCCGAGGAGGAGGAGCAAGAGUUUCUCGAGCUCAGCAGGCGGCCAGAUCUGUACAACAUCAUGACCGACUGCAUUGCCCCGUCCAUCUACGGUAACCGGGAUAUCAAGAAAGCUAUCCUGUGUCUCCUGCUGGGCGGCUCCAAAAAGAUCCUUCCGGACGGCAUGAAGCUGCGUGGCGACAUCAACGUUCUCCUGCUGGGCGACCCCGGCACGGCCAAGUCGCAGUUGCUCAAGUUCGUCGAAAAGGUUGCGCCCAUUGCCAUUUAUACAUCCGGCAAGGGUUCCUCCGCCGCCGGUUUGACGGCUUCCGUCCAGCGGGACCAAUCGACACGAGAGUUCUACCUUGAGGGCGGUGCUAUGGUGCUUGCCGACGGCGGUGUGGUGUGCAUCGACGAGUUCGACAAGAUGCGCGACGAGGACCGGGUGGCAAUCCACGAAGCGAUGGAGCAGCAGACCAUCUCGAUCGCGAAAGCAGGCAUCACCACCAUCCUGAACGCCCGAACCUCGGUUCUCGCCGCCGCCAACCCCAUCUUUGGGCGGUACGACGACAUGAAGACGCCCGGCGAGAACAUCGACUUCCAGACCACCAUCCUUUCCCGUUUCGACAUGAUCUUCAUCGUCAAGGACGAGCACGAGCGCGGCAAGGACGAGCGCAUCGCCAAGCACGUCAUGGGCAUCCACAUGGGCGGGCGCGGCGUAGAAGAGCGCGUCGAAGCGGAGAUCCCCGUCGAGAAGAUGCGUCGCUACAUUAGCUACUGCAGAUCACGCUGCGCCCCGCGCCUUUCUGACGCGGCCGCGGAGAAGCUCUCGUCGCACUUCGUCGCCAUCCGCAAGCAAGUCCACGCCGCCGAGCUCGAGGCCAACACGCGGUCGUCCAUCCCCAUCACGGUCCGGCAGCUCGAGGCCAUCGUGCGCAUCACCGAGUCCCUCGCCAAGCUGACCCUGUCCCCCGUCGCGACCGAGGAGCACGUCGACGAGGCGAUCCGGCUGUUCCUCUGCUCCACCAUGGACGCGGUCAACCAGGGCAGCAACCAGGGCAGCCGCGAGCUGAACGAGGAGGUGUCGCGCGUCGAGGCCGAGCUCAAGCGGCGGCUACCGAUCGGGUGGAGCACCAGCCUGGCGACGUUGCGGCGCGAGAUGGUCGAGGGCAGAGGCUUCAGCGAGGCCGCCUUGAACCGGGCGCUGAUGAUUCUGCAGAGGCGGGAUACCAUCAUGUUCAGGAACCAGGGAGCGCAGGUUUACAGAAACGGGGCGUAGACGGUGUAGUUUUGGAACAUGAGCGUCGGUCUGAGGAAGAUUAUCUUGUUUGUUUGUCUAUCUUGCAUGGUAUGGGCGCAGGGCGCAGGCUGGAUGGAUCAGGGGGGUUACUGUUAUUGUGGGAUACAGAUGAUAUAUGGGGAUAUGCCGC